AUGGGCUGUCUAAGUUCAAGGUCGCACUCAAGUAUUGAAGCUACCUUAGUUGAAAACGAAAAAUUUUUAGGAUUUUGCCAGCUUGAUGCAGAAGUGACAGAUUCAAUUAUUCGUAAAUUUAGCUUCAAUCGGAAGAUUAAUUGCUCCCAGCUUUCUAAAAUUGCUGAGUCUCUAAAUAUACAUAUAGAAGACUACGACGCACAUGCAAACAUUACAAAAAUGUAUAACAGACUUAAAAACUCAGAUAACGAAAUAUUAAUGAGGGAUUUAUUAACUAUUGGAAUUUUAUUGAGUAAAGGAAGAAAUAUCUUAUCUUAUGGUAUUUAUAUCGCUUAACGUCCACUACGGGGUUACAACUCCAGGUUUAUCACUCGCCUUUCGUCGCAUCGGGCCCACCAGUCUGCUGGAGACAAACUCGCUUUGAUCACCAGGGUGCUUCCAGGGCAAAUGUCCACGUCUUCGACGGCAAAGGAAGAAAUAUCACAAAAGCAACACUUUUAUUUCAAAUUUUUGAUGAAACGUUAGAAGAAGAAAUAGAAAUAACGAGAAUAAAAGGGCAGGUUUUUAGGACUAUUUCGAGGAAUUCUAUAUAUAUUUUGGGUGCGCUUAUUGAUGAAAAUAACGAGGACUCUACAAAGAGGAUUCAGAAUUAUUUUAAAACUUUGAAGCGAGCAGAAAUUUUUGCGAUAGAUAAUGUUGUUGAUUUUAUUUUAGAUGACAAAAGAAAGCCAACUAUAAGCGAAAAAGGGUUUGUUGAAGGUAUGUGUCGUUUUCAGAGUGGAAAAUUAUUAACUGCUUCAGGGUGGAGAAAAUACUUAAUAUCCUCUCCAAAUUCCUAUUAUUUACUUAAAAAAAUUUUUGGAAUUGAUAAACCUUCUUGAUAAAUUUAAGCUAUAUUUAUUUAAUAAAAAUUAUUAUUAAUGGCUAAGCUAGCAAGUUUUGAAGAAAAACUUCCUUUAGAGCUUCAAAAUUCUCAAUUAUAG